AUGGUUUAUAAAGAGCCAUCCAUGUAUGAUAAAUUGUUAAUGACGCUAGGGUCAUCUAGUAAAUCUGUUGCUACUGCAUCUAAACAAAGAAUUGAGACCUUGAUUCUUGAAGGACUUGCCGUUAUAAUGGGAUGGAUACAAAUUGUCUUAUGA